AUGAAGCGUGAUACUCUCAUUCAAGCUAUAUCACAGUUUGCCCUGUUCUCGGUGGCCCUGGCGGCCCACGACCACAGGCGGGGAGGAAGAGAAGCGUGGGGAGAAGGAGGCAAGAGGCUAGCUCCGUACCAUUUCCAGGACAUUCCGCAUUGUAUGGUAGAUUGUAUCUAUCGUAUGGACCGGUCUGAUCUGCCGCAUUGUACCCCAGAUAAGUACUAUGACCGUUUCGACGUCCGGGACUUUAUCAGAGAUCCGGAGGUUGCGGAUUGUUUCUGCAAUGAUGUCUUCUUCUUGAAGGGCUUUUCGGAGUGUGUCAUUGAUAGUUGCAAGAAACCGUCUCAGUUCUACCGCGCCGGCAAAUGGGGAUGGGACCACUGCAAAGCCCGAGGCGUCAAUCUUUUGAGCCCAAAAAACAUCCCAUACAUCCCCCGCGGCGCUGAUCUGUUCAAGAACUGGGAACCGGAACGCUAUGCCCCUCCACGCUUCAUCCCCGAGCCCAUUGAGGACCGUACUUCCACCACCACGGUGACCAGCACGGCCAACUUCACCAUGACCUCCACCCACGUGUCGACGGCCACAGCAACUUCAGUGUCCGUGUCUGUGUCUACACACUUUACAAACACGCAGACACUCCUCAGCACCGUGGGCGGGCCGGUGACGCUGACCACAACGGUGAGCGCGUCGGCGCCGACGGUCACGACGACGCCGACGGCGAGGAAGGAUGAUAUGACCUAUGAGGUGGGACUGAACAGCUUUUCGGGCCCCUCGUGUGUAAAGAGGUGUUAUGAGGAUAAGACGAAGGCGGGGUUGUUUACAGAGGAUAAGUACAAGGAGGAUGUUCAUCCUAAGUGCAAAUCUAUCUAUGAGAAAUAUGUGGGGAACAGCAUGAACACUACAGGAUGGUCUGAGGAUGACCAGAGAAAGAUCUCGCGAUGUGUGUGUACGCACAAGUCGUACGUCAAAGCGAUGUCUGAGUGUGGACUGAAAGAGUGCGCCGGGAAUGUCAAGGAAGCUCAAGCAGCCGUUCUCUUCGGAUAUCAAGUAUGCUCCAAGAAGGGAAUGAUCGAGUUCCCAUACGUCGACAUCAUGGUUGAGAAACUCGAAAUCACCAUCCCCAGCAACCUCACCCUUCCCGACCGGGUCAGUCUUGCCUCGCAUGGCGUCGGUGGAGCACCUACAUUCCCCAUCCUCGACGAGGAGGGCGAGAAGAUGAUGUUCCCCAACGCCGCCGAGCACAUCACCGGUAUCCUACAGGGCAACGCGCUGUUUGUGUCGUAUGCCAUUGGGACUGUGCUUUUCAUUGCGUUCUGGUAG